AUGUUCGACGCCAGGAACCUGGCCACCCUGGCCCUGUUCUUGAGCCUGAUGGGAAAUGUCGUGAAAGCUUGGCCCAUAUACUACUCUCGGGUAUCCUCAAGCUUGAGCGGCGCAAGUGAACAAUAUCGCAUCGACCCCGACUGGGCAGCUCAACAUGUGUUAGCAGGAACCACAACAUAUGGUCUCAAUUUUCCAGGGGAAUACGACUACGCCGUCUUUUACUGUCAGAACCUCUGCGACGGGACAAACGGCUGCAUGUCCAUGUUCACAAACUUCGACAGCAGCAAGCCUGCGGCUCCAAAGUCCUGGGCCGUCUGCACUAUGUUCGAUGCGUCAAUUAAGCCGCAGCUCUAUGUCGACCAAAGCGACAGAAAUUUCCCUGCUGUCGGAGGAUACAACAAGUUCGGCUAG